AUGCUCCCUCUGAAAAAGAGAAAGAUACGACACGAUGAAAGCCCUUCCGACGAAGAACCUCCUACCAACGAGACCGCAGCUUCUACGACUUCAGACGAUGAGGAGAACACUGAACACAGACCUACGAAACCUACAUCAUUCAAGGAGUUGGGAAUAAUUGAUUCACUCUGCGAGGCGUGCGAAUCGCUCGGAUACAAAAGUCCAACGCCAAUUCAGGCCGAAGCAAUACCAUUGGCGUUACAGGGCCGAGACCUCAUAGGUUUGGCAGAGACAGGAAGUGGAAAGACUGCAGCCUUUGUGCUCCCCAUCCUCCAAGCACUGAUGGACAAGCCACAACAACUACACUCGUUAAUUUUAGCACCAACACGAGAAUUGGCGUAUCAGAUUUCACAGGCCGUGGAAGCUCUGGGCUCACUAAUUGCGGUCCGAUGUACCGUGUUGGUGGGUGGAAUGGAUAUGAUCCCGCAGGCGAUUGCUCUCGGAAAGAAGCCCCACGUCGUCGUUGCCACACCAGGGAGAUUACUGGAUCACCUUGAAAAUACCAAAGGUUUCUCUCUUCGGCAACUGAAGUAUCUCGUCAUGGACGAGGCUGAUCGAUUACUCGACCUGGACUUUGGUCCCAUCCUGGACAAAAUAUUGAAGAUUCUCCCAAGGGAAGGUCGAAAGACAUAUCUAUUCUCGGCGACCAUGUCGAGCAAAGUCGAGUCCUUACAGCGAGCGUCCUUGUCGAAUCCUCUUCGAGUGGCGGUGUCUCAGGACAAAUACCAGACCGUGUCUACACUCAUCCAGUCCUACCUCUUCAUCCCCCACAAACAUAAGGAUCUCUACCUUAUCCAUCUCUUGAACGAGCUGGCAGGACAGACGGGUAUAAUAUUCACUCGGACAGUCAAUGAAGCGCAACGGAUCUCUAUCCUUCUGAGAACGCUGGGUUUCUCUGCUAUUCCCAUUCAUGGUCAACUGUCCCAACAAGCUCGAUUAGCGGCUUUGAACAAAUUCCGGGCAAAGUCUCGCAACUUAUUGGUGGCUUCGGACGUGGCUUCUAGAGGCCUGGACAUCCCCUCGGUAGAUCUGGUGGUGAAUUUCGACCUUCCUCACGACAGCAAAACUUACAUCCACCGAGUCGGGCGUACAGCCAGAGCAGGAAAGAGUGGCAAGGCGAUAUCUUUCGUCACUCAAUAUGACGUGGAGCUUUGGAUGAGGAUCGAGGGCGCCCUCGGGAAGAAGCUGAAGGAGUACGAGACGGUAAAGGAGGAAGUCAUGGUUCUGGCGGAGAGAGUCGGAGAUGCUCAAAGGGCCGCUGCGAUGGAAAUGAAAGAAUUGCAUGAAAAUAGAGGCAAGAAGGGCGCUACAUUGCGACAUAAGCGGACUGCGAAAAGCGGGGCUGGAAAACGAGGUCGUGAUGAUAUGGAUCAAGACGAAGGCUAG